AUGUGCCACCCCAUCUUUCGAUUCAUCGCCGUCGCCUCCCUCGCCUGCGCCGCCACCCUCGCGCACGCUUCCACGUGCGAGGAACUGUACACCCCCGAGCGCCUCGAGCUUGCGAGGCGUAUGGUGGAGUGCUCCCUGGAUAACUACCCCUCCGACUGCGUCGCGCCCGUGGACGAGACCGACUUCGUCUACUCCCAAAACUUCGAGCGAUACGAGGUGAAAGGUAAGGCGCAGUGGGACACCUGGCUCGAGAACUUCUUCGCGCUCAACCCCGAUGUGAGGGUCCGAGUCGUCAAAGGUAAAGGAGAGUUCUGCACUCCUCUUCGGUACGCGUCGGAAUGGACCAUGAAUAUGACCUUCCAACCGAGCGGCGAUAAGCUCGUGGACGUCGAGGGCGCGUCCGUGAUCACGUUCAAGGGACCGAACGACAACACGAUGGUUCGAAUGAAAGAUUACAGCCCAGACAUGGAGAUCUACGGCCUUCUCCCCAGGAUCGGACCGCCGCUCGUCACGGUGAAACGGGGCAUCGACGAGUGCCUGAGGACCGAAGGCGGCUGCGAGUCCGAGGAGGCCAUGAUGAAGAUCGCGUCCCUUCUGUUGGGAACCACCGAGGAAGUCCCUUCGCUCGAGACGAAGCCGUCCGCGAAAAAGAAAAAGUGA